AUGGACCUUAACGAUGUUCAUGGAUGCCCUGUGUACGGCGGCCUCCGGUGGAACGCAUCAGUGACGCGGCUGGGCCCGGCCAACGACAUCCGACAAGAGGGGCUUGUUCGCUGGGACCUAGGAGACCGUGGGCUCCAGAACGCAAUGCGGUCGGUCACGCGCGUAGCCGUGGCUAGGAAGUCCGCCAUCGCCGGCUGGACCAUGGGGCCCCACGCGCCUGUACUGUGGUGUUUUGAAGACGCGGGAGCACGCAUACUAUGUAGUACACCACACGUAUGGUGCAACGAGAACACGGCAUCCAAACAUCAGAUGCCGGAACUUGUAGUGUACACCAAGUGCACCGCCGGGCCCGCCAGGGUGCACCAGCUGGCUGGCACCCGGACGACCCAGAUGACUUCCGUGGUGCCGACGGCGUCGCCGGGAGCCCAAAUCCUCUUGUCCACCCAAAUCCCCAUCCCAUACACUCCCGAGACGCCGAUGUCCAUCUGGCACCACCGACAUCCCGGCGAGUCGUCAAAGUCUAUCGCCUUGCCAUCGCGAUGGGAGUAG